AUGGAUCCCUCACCGCAGGCGGGCUCAAGCAGUGUCACCGUCGAAUAUACCGACCCCUCCGGCUUGUUCCCUCUCGUUCAGCCCGUUCUUGCGAACAAACUACCCCUGAAGAACCUUCACUGGAAGUCACCUACUCGCCCCGUCCGAUCCAUCGAGUCCCUCCGCAUCGGCUUCGUCCCUGCCCAGAAUGAGGCCACCGAGCGCAAACCCUCCGCUGAUAGCGCCGUGCCGCAUCGACGUCACCAAAUUCCCGGCCUCCGUCAGACGCCCUAUCUAAAGAUCUUCCUUUUGCGCUGCGAUGAUAAUGAAACCUACAAAUCGACUGCCAGGAAGGGAUUGCGCGAAUGGAUCAAGUCGCAUGCGUCGAUGUCGCAGUCUACCACAAGCCAGGAGAAGCAUGACGCAUGUGAAUGGUUGAUUCUACAUGUUGUGCAAGAUGGAGAUGGUGCGGAAAAGGCUAUGCCAUCGUCUAAAUGGGGUCGCACCAGUACGACGGUCCUCGAGAAGGUCAAGGCUGACUUCAAUGGCACCUCGAAGUCCGCCGUGGACCGGGUAGCUCAGUUGCGUCUACCUAAGCAGGGAACCACGCAGAAACCACCGGAUUUGGCUGACCAGCUGGAGGACUUGAUCGAGAAGAUUAAGAAUGGUAUUCUCGCCUCGUUCGAUCUUCGCGUGGCACAAUAUGAGGACGAUAUCAAGGAGAAGGAUUCACAGAGAAGUCUGCCCGGAUGGAACUUUUGCACGUUCUUUAUCCUGAAGGAGGGUCUGGCGAGAGGCUUCGAAAACGUAGGGCUGUUUGACGAUGCGCUCCUUGGAUACGAUGAACUUUCCAUCGGAUUGGAUACUGCGAUUGAGGAACAACUUGGAGGCAGCGGAGAGCCACACGGUAGUGCCUUUUUGAUGCACACCGAGGAUUGGCAGGAGAAGGCGAAGGCUGCUUUGGAAACCCCAGCAGCUCCGAAGGACGAGGAAGAUGAAGAGCCAACCCCGAUUCCCGAACUCGACGCGGACGAUUUCCCCAUUGACUCGAACAAGAAGGCCUACCGGGAGAUGAUUCUAGCUAGCAAUAUCUCUAUCUUCGAUUUCCGCCUCUACAUUUUCUCGCGACAACUAACCCUACUCCUCAGGGCGGCGAAGGCUCCCUCUCUACUCAAUAAGGAGCCCGAUGCCGGUCAAACGCGAGCCAAUACGAAUAAGAAGCCGGAAAAUUUGAUGCUACUUUCAGAGAUCUGCGAAAGAGCGACGGAGUUCAUUAGCUUUUCUGCACGCAACCUCAGAUGCGACCUGGAAUCGGGGCUUACCGAUGUAGACAAUACUGGAAAAGCGGAGGUCAUCAACAAUCUGGUGUCAUCCUGGGCAUACGCUGCUGCGUUGCAGAUUCUAUCGCAAACGUCCACUCCGGCGCUCACUCUACCGGAGUCCUCUUUGCAUGCGAUCACUUCCCCGGCAGACACUGCUAGAGAAUCCAGACCAGAGUUGCCUCGGCGCAGCAGCUCCCUGGGAACACCCAAACUCGCGCUCGCUCCGGCUCCGAAGACUGGGUCCGAACAGCUGGCUUCCGCUAGAGGGGAGUUGCUGCUCAUGGCUCGUCGGGUGAUGGAAGAGAUUGCCGGGCGUUGCGGAUGGAGAGAGAAGUGGGAUGAUCUCAGCCUACUCUUUGACAGUGAAAGUGCUGGCAAUAGUGAUAUGACGGAAAUCCCUCUAGACGCCGUGACAUCGCAGCCAGAAGAAAAGCCUGAAACAACUCAUAACCUCUCGGGGAUCGAAUUGCCCGGGUUGAAGGCUGCCCUCCGCUCAAAAAAGUCCUUCCGCUCACACUUCGAAGAGCUAACGGAUGAUAUGUAUCGUCACCAUAUCACGGCAAAUCGUACGUAUUCCGCACAGACGGCCCUUGCGGACAUGGCCCUCGUAAGGUUCCGGCAGAGCGACUACGGUGCAGCAGCCUCCUAUUUUCAUCAAAUUACUCCUUUCUACGGCAGCAAGCAAUGGACUGUUCUGGAGGGUGUGAUGCUAGAAAUGUACGCACGAUGCUUGAAAGAGCUGCAACGGAGUGAGGAGUAUGUUCGAAUGUCCCUUCGACUCCUUGCGAAGUUCGCCUCUCAUAAGCAGUCGAGCUUGUCGACGCGGCAGAAGACCCUUGAUGCGUCGUCCAUAUUUGCAGAGGAAGAAUUAAUCUCUCAAUAUGUUGAGGACUUGUUUGAGGCCUCCGGUGCCUUGCAGAAGGAGGUCACGGCCCCUUUGACUGACUUCUUCGCGGAUUUACAUGUUAAUCCUGCUAUCAUUCUUUAUAAAGAUAAAGAUGGCUUUCAGCUGCAGCUUUCAUUGCGAUUCCUCUUAGGAAAGCGAAUUGAGGUUGACUCAAUGAAGAUUAGGCUCGUUGGGACCGGAGGCAGUCAAAGUAAUGAACAUUGGUUGGAGCUACCCUCUAAGACGACUAUCAAGUCGUCGUCGACGAAGGUCCAGGUCGAUUCUUCGAUGACACUGCAAGGGAAAUACUACAUUGACCGGGUUGAACUUCGAGCCCGCAGCAUCCUUUUCACAUAUGGGGGUGGGAAACAUUCAGUCCUCCCCUUAGGAUUCAGAGAAGCAGUAGACGCUGAAGAGGAUAGUCGGCCGUAUAUCUACUGCUUCCCCCCACCCAAAGGACUUCAGGCGAAAAUCGUGUCGCCUCAUCUUGUGAACCUUCAAGAGAUGCGGACGCUUGAGUUAGAACUUGACAGUGGGUGGAAUGAUAUCAAGAGCGCUACUCUUCGAGUGAGGCCCGCCACUGCAGGGCUCCGCCUACGAAUCGCUGAAGCCGAAGUAGUGGAAGGUGACAUCAAGAUUAUUGCCAACAGCGAAACAGGGCAUAUUGAGUUCGCUCAAUUAGGACCUAACUCUUUCAUCCGGCUUAGGAUCCCAUACACGAUGGAGGAGCAUCACCCGAUGCUCUCUGCACGCGCAGAGGUUGGAUAUGAGACGAUACACGGGCACUUCUCGUACUCCUCUCUACACAGCAUCGUAUCAGGUUUACCCAUUAGCGUCAACGUCCAGGACACGUUCAAGGACCAGGUCCUCUUUUCUCGAUUUACGGUCAGCCCAGCUAUGAUGAUUCCUCUCCGCAUCCUCAAAUGCAGUAUACCGAGUUCGGACGUCUAUCACGUCCAGUCUAAUAUCGGUGACUCGGUCGCAAUGAACGUCUUUCCCAAACAGCCCGCAUCCUUACUCUACAAGAUACAACAGCGGGAGGAAGCCGUAAUGUCACCUGGUGCGAGACGUUCACUCCGUCUCAGCGUUGAUUUUACCUGCGUAGACGACGAAUGUCUGAACGCCGUUGAGAAGACCUUCAAAGAAAGCAUCGCAACCAGCGACUACCAACAAUACAGUGCCCUCCUUACGUCGCACAUUGUCGACACGUUUCGCACACAGCUGUCGACUUCAGAGAUGGAAGUCAUCGGGCUCGUCCGGGAGGUGGAAACACUACCCUAUUCUAGUGUCAAGUGGGAAAUGCUUCUAAGUGCGCUGAAGCAACCACUGGACGGACUGAAAACUUGGCUCCAGGAGUGGCACCAGAAUCACCCUAUCAUCAGCCUUCCAGAUCAGCCAUCAAUCCCCCGCCGACACAUCAUCAUCCCCGUGGACAUUCCCGAGAUCCAAGUGGUGCAUACUGCCGAGCUGCGACUCCGCAACCUCGCCGACCAACCCCCACACGCUGCGGUCGGGCAGAUGAUCGCAGCCGAGCUCAGCCUACGUCAUACGCGCAGAUGGUGUUCGCCCGAGCAUCGCGAGAAUGCGGGAGGCCCGCUCGAAUUCUCGUACGAAAUCCACGCGAACCCGGAGCUCUGGCUCGUGGGCGGUCGUCGACGAGGUAACUUCACCGCGGAGGAGGGGGAGACCAAGACCUUUGCGGUGAUGCUUCUUCCACAGAAGGCGGGACAUCUCCUUCUGCCGGGACUCGAAAUCAAGACCUUCGUGCCCGCGUCCUCGGCCGCACCGCCAAAGCCACCAGCGCCUGCCACUGGCCCCGCCGGAGCAGCGCCGGUCUUGCAACGACGACAGAUCGCAUGUGAGGUCGACUACCGCAAUCACGGGGAGACCGUCUUGGUGCUGCCGGACCUACGAAGCACGACAGUCAGUCUUAGCCUGUCGGGAGGAAACCACGGCGCGGCAUGGCUAAUCGACUCGGAGCGAAGGGUCCUUGCAUAG